CCCCGUCACGGGGCUGCUGUCGGCCAGCACGCACCACAAGGAUGCCUGGGUGCGGGACAACAUCUACAGCAUCCUGGCCGUGUGGGGCCUGGGCAUGGCCUAUCGGAAGAACGCGGACCGCGACGAGGACAAGGCCAAAGCCUAUGAACUCGAGCAGAACGUGGUGAAGCUGAUGCGGGGACUCCUACAGUGCAUGAUGAGACAGGUAGAUAAGGUAGAGAAGUUCAAACACACGCAGAGUACCAAGGACUGCCUGCACGCCAAGUAUAACUCUGCUACCUGCGCCACAGUGGUCGGGGAUGACCAGUGGGGGCAUCUACAAGUAGAUGCAACAUCCCUUUACCUGCUCUUCUUGGCACAGAUGACUGCAUCGGGGUUGCGUAUCAUCUUCACCCUUGAUGAAGUUACCUUCAUACAGAAUCUUGUAUUUUACAUAGAAGCUGCCUACAAAGUUGCUGCAGCUUUGGAAGCAAUCGAUGAACUAGAUCUUUUUGGCGCUCAUGGAGGGCACAAAUCCGUGAUUCAUGUUCUUCCUGAUGAAGUAGAACAUUGUCAGUCCAUUCUAUAUUCGAUGCUGCCAAGGGCAUCCACGUCAAAGGAGAUCGAUGCUGGCCUUCUCUCCAUUAUUUCAUACCCAGCUUUUGCAGUGGAGGAUAUAAACCUUGUUAAUAUAACCAAGAGUGAAAUCAUAUCCAAAUUGCAGGGCCGUUAUGGCUGCUGUCGCUUCCUCCGGGAUGGUUACAAGACACCCAAAGAGGAUCCAAGCAGGCUGCAUUAUGACCCAGCUGAGCUCAAGCUGUUUGAGAAUAUUGAAUGCGAGUGGCCGGUGUUCUGGACAUACUUUCUAAUUGAUGGAGUAUUUAAUGAGGACAAAAUUCAGGUACAAGAAUAUAGAGAGGCCCUGGAAGGAAUCCUUAUUAGAGAAAAGAAUGGAAUAGUUCUAAUGCCAGAACUGUAUGCAGUCCCUUCAGAAAAGGUGGAAGAGGAAUAUGAAAAUCCUCACUCUGUGGAUCGUGUCCCAGUGGGAAAGUUGCCUCAUCUUUGGGGCCAAUCACUGUAUGUUCUUAGCUGCCUAUUAGCAGAGGGGUUUCUGGCUGCAGGUGAAAUUGAUCCCUUAAAUAGAAGAUUUUCCACUGGAUUUAAGCCUGAUGUUGUGGUUCAAGACUUAUUUUAUUUUUUUCUUCCUUUCUUCACAGGCCGGAAUAAGAGCAUGAAACUAAGUGGACGGCCACACCGACACAUCGGAGUGUUAGGCACUUCCAAGCUGUAUGUGAUAAGAAAUCAAAUAUUUGCUUUUACCCCUCAGUUUACAGACCAGCAUCACUUCUAUCUGGCUCUGGACAAUCAGCUGAUUGUGGAGAUGCUCAAGACGGAGCUGGCUUACCUCACGUCCUGCUGGAGGAUGACGGGGAGGCCAACCCUGACGUUUCCCAUCACCCACACAAUGCUCGUUGAUGAUGGUGCUGACAUUCACCCAGCAGUUCUUGGCUCCAUAAGAAAGUUAGAGGAUGGCUAUUUCGGAGGCGCAAGAGUGAAAAUAGGCAAACUAUCAGAAUUUCUGACUACCUCUUUCCAUACCCAUCUGAGCUUCCUGGAUCCAGACUGUGAUGUAAAACUGUUUGGUGACCGUGACGAAGGCCGUUGCAGUCCUGACAGUGAAUAUGGAUAUGAAGGCUAUCCAUCAGAUUUCUGUGAAGAAGACAGCCAGGACGAGCUGGAUCGAUAUAUAAAUGAUGUCCUGCAGAGUACAGCACUGAAGUCAUACCUGCCUCCAACUUCAAAGACUGCUGAUCCUGUGUUUGGGGCAAACCAUUCCACACGAGAGAUACUGUCAAUAAUGGCCAAGGCAAAGGGUUUGGAGGUCCCAGCUGCUUCUAUGUCUCUUCCCACUAAAGUUCUGAACACACACCGGAAGUCUCUGAAUCUUGUUGAUACUCCCCAUUCUUUUGAGACAAAGGCUUGUGAAAAUGUUUUGCACUUACCUAAAGAUGCUCAUGGUGAUUUGGAUUGCAGAAAGCUCGUUGAACAGCUGAAGGAAUGUCCGUCACUCCAUGAUCAAGCAGAUAUCUUGUAUAUCUUGCAUAUACUGAAAGGUCCUGAUUGGGAUACCCAGCUAAACGGACAGUACGGUGUCACUGUUCACUGUCUACUCAAUGAGCUCUACAGAAAGGCAGGCCUCAAUCAGGAGUGGGGCUUAAUCCGUUAUAUUUCUGGUAUCCUUAAAAAGAGAGUGGAAGUCCUGGCUGAGGCCUGCACGCACCUUCUGUCACACCACAAGCAGCUGACAGUGGGCCUGCCCCCGGAGCCCCGUGAGAGAACCAUCACCACCCCAUUGCCACCUGAGGAGCUCAUAGAUCUUAUUUACGAAGCGAGUGGCCAAGACAUCAGUAUUGCAGUCCUGACGCAGGAAAUGAUCAUGUACUUGGCCAUGUAUGUCCGCUCUCAGCCGAGCCUUUUUGCAGAGAUGCUCCGGCUCCGCAUCGGGCUCAUCAUUCAGGUGAUGGCCACGGAGCUGGCUCGCAGUCUGAAGUGCUCAGGUGAAGAAGCUUCAGAGAGUUUGAUGAAUCUAAGCCCCUUUGAUAUGAAGAAUCUGCUACACCAUAUUCUGAGUGGAAAAGAGUUUGGUGUGGAAAGAAGCUUGAGACCUGUAGAUUCCUCUUCAUCUAGUCCUGCAAUUUCUAUUCAUGAAAUGGGACAUUCUGGAGCAACCAAAACAGAAAGAAGUGGUAUUACUAAACUGAAGAGUGAGAUGAAGCAGAGGGGCAGCACUCCGUCGUCUCCCACCAGUACCUCCCCUACGGGCUCGGAUGGAGAUGGCGGUUGGCACAACCGCCCCGGGCAGUGGCUGCAGUGGCUGCGCCGGAGGAGGCUCGAUGGUGCCAUCAACAGAGUUCCCGUCGGCUUCUACGAGAAGGUCUGGAAGAUCCUGCAGAAGUGCCAUGGUCUGUCCAUCGAUGGAUACGUCCUUCCUUCCUCAACUACCAGAGAGAUGACCCCGUGUGAGAUCAAGUUUGCUGUGCACGUGGAGUCGGUGCUGAAGCGCGGGUCGCAGCCCGAGUCCCGGCAUCUCCUGGUGGAAGCCAUCCUCGUCCUGACCUUCCUGUCCGACAUCGAGGUGAACAGCAUCGGGGGCAUCAUCCACGUGGAUCGAAUAGUGCACAUGGCCAACGACCUCUUCCUGCAGGAACAGAAAACAUUUGGAGCUGCAGAUUACAUCUUGGAGAAGGACAUAGCCACAGGGAUUUGCCACUUCUUCUAUGACAGCGCUCCGAGUGGGGCCUACGGAACGAUGACUUACUUAACAAAAGCCAUAAUCACAUAUUUACAGGACUUCCUGCCCAGCACAGGCUGCACGAUGCAGUAGGCGAUGCCCUGG